AUGGAACCCAAUCGACAACCGCUGCCGACUGUGCCUGAUUUUGGAAGUUUGUCGAAAGAUUAUGGGCAGCCGCUGAUUAUUCACUUCUACAGCGAUCUGCACGGCAACAGAGUAUCGCGCAUUGGUGAUUUUCAAGAUGUUCCCAUUGUGGAGGCUGUUAGAGCUUCGAAUGCACAACCCGUUUACACACAUAGCAUCAAUUUCGUUGUGAGCAUAGACCGCUGUGAUGAGGAUGAAAUAUCAUACAUUUUGCCAAAGUUGCGUCUUCUUCUCUUUCGCUGUCGUAUAAAUUUUACUGUCAACGGUGGGAGCGAUGUGUGCUUGAAAUGGACGACUACAAUCAUGCAGUCAAGAUAG